GCGAGAGCUGCCGGAGAGCCGGGGGGGAAACACACGCACAGAGGCUCCCGCUGUCCCCACGGCACCCACCUCGUCACCCACCUCGGCACCCACCUCGGCACCCGCUCCGACACCCCGGUCCCCAGCGCCGGGCGGUUCGGGGGGGCUGCGGUCCCGGGGCGGGGGGGUCCAUGAGAGCCGGAGCAGGAAGGCUGACGGUGCCUCUUCUCCUCCCCAAGGUGACAUGGAGCAGCUGAAGUGACCCGAGGAGCCAUCGCAGCAGUGCCCGGGAUGGGCUGCGUGCACUGCAAAGAGAAGGGCUCCAGCAAAGGGCAGGCGGGGGGUGAGCUGGGGGCCCCCCCGCCCACCGCCUCCCAGUACGACCCCGACCCCACGCAGCCGGGCGCCGCCUUCACCCGCAUCCCCGACUUCAACAACUUCCACGGCGCGACGGUGCCCUCGGCUCCAUCCUUCGCGGGACCAGGGGGCUUCACCCCCAACUCGCUGCAGAUGCGCAGUGGGGGUAUCACAGGUGGGGGCGUGACGCUCUUCAUCGCCCUGUACGACUACGAGGCCAGGACAGAGGAUGACCUGAGCUUCCAGAAAGGGGAGAAAUUCCACAUCAUCAACAACACGGAGGGUGACUGGUGGGAGGCCAGGUCGCUGAGCUCGGGCACCACUGGCUACAUCCCCAGCAACUACGUGGCCCCCGUGGACUCCAUCCAGGCAGAGGAGUGGUACUUUGGGAAAAUCGGGCGCAAGGAUGCGGAGCGGCAGCUCCUGUGCCACGGGAACUGCAGGGGCACCUUCCUCAUCCGGGAGAGCGAGACCACGAAAGGUGCCUACUCGCUCUCCAUCCGGGACUGGGAUGAGGCCAAGGGCGACCACGUCAAGCACUAUAAGAUUCGAAAACUGGACAACGGGGGUUACUACAUCACCACCCGCGCCCAGUUCGACACCGUCCAGCAGCUGGUCCAGCACUAUGUUGAGCGGGCGGCCGGACUGUGCUGCCGCCUGGCCGUGCCGUGCCACAAAGGGACGCCCAAGCUGGCCGACCUCUCGGUCAAAACCAAAGACGUGUGGGAGAUCCCCCGUGAAUCCCUCCAGCUCCUCAAGAAACUGGGCAACGGGCAGUUCGGGGAAGUGUGGAUGGGCACAUGGAACGGCACCACGAAGGUGGCGGUGAAGACGCUGAAGCCGGGCACCAUGUCCCCUGAGGCUUUCCUGGAGGAGGCGCAGAUCAUGAAGCGGCUGCGGCACGACAAGCUGGUGCAGCUCUACGCCGUGGUGUCCGAGGAGCCCAUCUACAUCGUCACCGAGUUCAUGAGCCAGGGCAGCUUGCUGGAUUUCCUAAAGGACGGGGACGGCCGGUACCUGAAGCUGCCCCAGCUGGUGGACAUGGCUGCCCAGAUCGCGGCGGGCAUGGCGUAUAUUGAGCGGAUGAACUACAUCCACCGGGAUCUCCGCGCCGCCAACAUCCUGGUGGGAGACAACCUGGUGUGCAAGAUCGCCGACUUCGGCCUGGCGCGCCUCAUCGAGGACAAUGAGUACACGGCGCGGCAGGGUGCCAAGUUCCCUAUCAAGUGGACGGCCCCGGAGGCCGCGCUUUUCGGGAAGUUCACCAUCAAGUCGGACGUCUGGUCCUUUGGCAUCCUCCUGACCGAGCUGGUGACCAAGGGCCGGGUGCCCUACCCAGGGAUGAACAACCGGGAGGUGCUGGAGCAGGUGGAGCGGGGGUACCGCAUGCCGUGCCCGGGGAGCUGCCCCCUGUCCCUGCACGAGGUGAUGGUGCAGUGCUGGAAGCGGGAGCCCGAGGAGCGCCCCACCUUCGAGUACCUCCAGUCCUUCCUCGAGGACUAUUUCACAGCCACCGAGCCCCAGUACCAGCCGGGGGACAACCAGUGACCCGGCGCUGUCACCCCCCAGCCAAGCUCUGUGGUGGAUUUGGGGUGAAUCUCCCUCUUUUUGCAGGGGGGUUGUUGCUCCUGUUGCCUGUGUUGCCCUCCCCCCCACCCAAAUGCCUGUUUGGCGGCGUCCUGGGGAGGACAGGGGGCUUUGCACAAGGAUUUUGGACUAAAAAAGGGGUAAAGCUGCGCCCCUCACCCAGCACCCCCAACCGCUCUCUUGCUGCCUUCACGCCCAGCUGUGAAUCCGAGAAGUGCUUUGGCUGGGGGGGACCCCAGUGUGCCCCCCAGACACCCCGCAGCAGCACAGGCCUCGGGGGGGCUCUCCCCAUACCAGUCUCCUCUCCCUCAGCUCAGCCUUGCGCACCUGGGGAGGGUCAGCCCCCCAAAUCCUGGCGCUGACCUGGGGGAGGUCACCUCAACCCUCCACUUGAUAUGUUUAAUUUAUAAGAUUUUAUAUCCUUCACCCCAGCAGCCACCUCACCCUCAGGGAUCCCUGGAUCGGGGGGUUCUCCUUGCCCCCCCCUCCCCACUUUAAUUUCAUUUCCCUCCAGCAAAGCCGAAUCCUGAAAGCCAUAAACCUCUGCUUGCACUGCGGAGGGUGACAAGGGGUCCUGGGGGGGACCAUGUGCCUGGGUUUUGGGGGUCAUCUCUGCUCCAGGGGCUGUUUCCCGCUGCCCUGUGUGGGGCAGGGGGGGUCCGGGAUGGAGUCACCCAGGGCGCUGGGGGGGUACAGGAUGGGGUCACCCAUGACGCUUGGGGGGUCCCGGCUGCGGCUCAGCCCAAACCCCUGCACCGAGUGUUAAUGGGGCUGCUGGGGGGACUCGGGGCACAAUGUGAAUGUGAUGGUGCUGGAGGAGGGGGUCACCCUGCCAGCUGGUUUCUGGUGCCCCCCUGCGCACCCCAUUUUGGGGGGGGGGGGACAGUGCCACCCGGGGGGAGGUAGGCAGAAAAGGGAGCAGGAGGGAUUUGUUGUUUAUUAUUUUUUUAAAAUCCAGUCUGUAAAUAGAAAUAAAACCUUUCUAACAA